AUGAUGGACAUGAUAACUGAGGAUGAGUCAAACGCACUGGGGCCCAUCAUCAUCAGCAAGCACGCUAUCACCAGCGGGGAGUGCAAGGUCAUGGGGAGGAAGAUAUGGAAAGAAAUGCUCGAGGAAUUUGUCCUACGAAACGUGUACACCGUACAAGUGGACCCUGCCGGUCACAAAACUGCCCUAUCUCCUCAUCUUACC